GCCCUUUACAAAGCCCAAGCACGGCUCUUGUCUGACGCCAUUUUAAGGACACUUUUGGCGAGGUCACUACGCAAGAUCUUACCGCUUUCUUCCUUAUCUACAUAGAUUUAAAAAAAUAUAUAUAUCUCGAUGUCUCGCUUUUAUCACAAUCGUGGUGGGAUGGGGAUGAACAAUUUUGCUCCCCGAAGAGGCGGUGGGCCCGGAGGCCCCAUGCGCGGAGGGUAUAUGGGAAAUCAACAGUUCAGGAGCCAUCCUUUCCAGAAUCAAAACCAAAAUCGACGGGCCAACUUCAACAAGCCGGUUAACCAGAAUCAACAGAAACCUCCGCCUCCCGGCCCCGCGCUCACCAUGAAACCUCCAGUAAAAGAAGAAAAACCUGAGCAACCGAAGCCGGCAACCCCGGCUCUGCCUUCAACCCCGAAGAUCCCAUCGCCGCCACCGAAGCCUACAGUCACGUCACCUCUGCCAGGCCAAGCUAACAAGCCCCAGGAGCAAAUCAAAACCCCAUCAGCGAAUGUGAACGGUCAGCAGCCGACGCAAGCUCCACCACCGAGCCCCAAGCCCACACCACCGGCAGCAACGAAGCCUCCGCAGCAGCAGAACCAGAAUAUUCCACAGCAGUCACCCAAACCCUCACCUCAACAAGCCCCAAAACCAUCCGCUCAGCAAAUCCCCAAACCACUGGCCCCACAGGCUCCGAAACCCCAGGCACCACCAGCGCAGCAAGGACCGAAACCAGCGCCACAGCAGGCCCAGAAGCCCCAGCCCCAGCAGUCCCCUAAACCUCCGCAACAGCAGGCUCCGAAGCCAGCUCAACAAUCCCCAAGACCCGCUCAACAGCAACCCCCCAAACCACCUCACCAGCAGCUACAGAACCAGGCUAAAGGACCCCAGCAGCAAGGACCGAGGCCCGGGAUGGGAGCGCCGAGGCCUCCGCCAAACCAGACAGGCCCAAGACAAGGCCCGCAGAUGCAAGGCCAGAGACCGGGCCAGAGAGGCGGCCAUCAGCAGAACCAGAGAUCGGGAUUUCAACAAAGACCACCCGCUGCAAAGCCCAGAGAAACUGAAGAACCAAAGCCCAUGGAGACCGAUCAGGAUUCGGACACGGAGCGGGUCAAGUUGGAGUUCAAACUCUCCAUGCUGCUGAAACCAGGCGAGAAGUCAUACACACAGAGAUGCCGUCUGUUUGUUGGCAAUUUGCCGAAUGACAUUACCGAAGAAGAGUUCAAGAAAAUGUUCUCCAAAUACGGAGAGCCCAGUGAAGUCUUCAUCAACAAAGGCAAAGGUUUCGGCUUUAUCCGACUGGAGUCUCGAGCACUUGCAGAAAUUGCUAAGGCUGAGCUGGAUGACACACCUGUGAAAGGAAGGCCCCUGCGUGUGAGGUUUGCCACUCACUCUGCUGCUCUGUCUGUGAAAAACCUGUCACCUUUUGUCUCCAAUGAGCUCCUGGAGGAAGCCUUUUCACAGUUUGGGAUGGUUGAGAGGGCUAUUGUUAUUGUUGAUGACCGCGGACGCUCCACGGGGAAGGGAAUUGUUGAAUUUGCAUCCAAGCCUGCGGCCAGAAAAGCCCUGGACAGAUGCAACGAGGGUGUCUUCCUCUUAACCUCAUCUCCACGCCCUGUUAUUGUUGAGCCACUGGAACAGGUUGACGAUGAAGAUGGCCUCCCAGAGAAACUGGCACAGAAGAAUCCCAGAUACCAAGCGGAGAUGAAACAGCCACCUCGUUUUGCCCAUCCUGGCUCCUUUGAGUAUGAAUACUCCAAGCGCUGGAAGUCUCUGGAUGAGAUGGAGAAGCAGCAGAGGCAGCAGGUUGAGAAGAACAUGCGUGAAGCUCGUGAGAAACUGGAGAGUGAGAUGGAGGACGCCUACCAUGAGCAUCAGGCCAAUCUGCUCAGACAAGAUUUACUGAGGAGACAGGAAGAGCUGAGACGCAUGGAGGAAAUGCACAGCCUGGAAAUGCAAAAGCGCAAAGAGAUGCAGCUCAGGCAGGAGGAAGAGCGUCGCAGGCGUGAGGAGGAGAUGCUCCGUAAGAGGGAGAUGGAGGAGCAGUUGCGUCGUCAGCGCGAGGAGAAUUACAGGGCUGGAAACUUCAUGGAUAGGGACAGAGAAAUGCGGUUGAGUUCAGGUGGAGCAAUGGGCAUGGGAGACAUGUCCUUUGGCACACCAAACCAGAAGUUUGGCAUGGGAGGGAUGGGCUAUGAAGGACAGCAGGGAAUGGGCGGCUCCCCCAGCCUGAUGAACAACGACAUGCGUAGCGAGCGCUUCGCACAGGGUGGCCCACGGGGAAUGGGUCCUGGUAACCCUGGCUACGGCAGGGUCCGCGAAGAGUUUGAUGGUCCCGCUAAGAAACCCCGAUUUUAAACCAUUUGCUCCCAGCAGCACUCUUUGUAUAUAUUCAACAGAAACAUGUGGAGUCAUUUUUGUAUUUAAGUUCAAGUGUUGCAGCAUUUUAGCCUGACUAUUUACUCAUUUUAUGACACGGUCAGUUUAUUUUUAUUUUGUAAUGUCAGUAGUUAAAGAGAUCGCGAUCAUGUGAUCAGUAGUUCUUAAGACCCAUGUAUAAUUUCCCAAAUGUAUUAUGCUCUGUGAGUCGUCGUGAUGUUUCAACUUUCUAUGGCUGUGUUUGUGCCAUUGCAUUUGGAGUCAACGCAUGUAAUAUAAUAAAAAAAUCAUUGGUUCUACGAGGAAAAUCUUUAUACUGAUUACUUUGUAAAAUAUGGGAAACCAAUUGGUUGAAAAAUGUACUGCAACUGUACAGCCACCAUGUUACAGGAGUAGUUCCGCAUGUUUAGUACAGUGUGGCUGAAGUCAGUGUACAGAUGGUGAGUUACACAUUAGAGUUCAUACUAAACUGCAUUGGUGUGACGCUUAAUUUUCAUUUUUGGACUGGCUCAUCAACAGGACGUAAAGAGCUGAACCUGAUCCUGUUCUGCUGGCACAGUCCACACUGUCUACUCUAGUGGAAUUACGGCAAAUUUUUAAUUUCAUUAUUACAGUCUUGUCCUUAGUGGUUCUCCUUGUUCAUGUAGAAUGCAGAACCAUACACACUCUGUUGAAAGGUUUCAUUAGAUAAAAAAAAAGUGUGAUCUGUAAAUUUUUGAAAUUUGUGUAAAUUUGCAAAUUCACAGAAGAAAAAUCUACUGAUAUUUGGUCACUGGCAGUAAAUGGUUUGUUGGAACCAACCAAUGACCCAGUUAUCACUGUUCCUAAAGAUGUAAAAAGGUGAAUUACAUCAGCAGCUGUUAUGCUGCACAGUGAUUACAUUACAUAAGCUUUAACCCAAAGGAGAAUUUUAUUUUAUUUUUUACAAACUCAUACACUCUGCAUCAGGUGUUUAAUGGGAAAACAUGCUGGCUCUCCCAGCUGAAACGGUGGGAGGUGGGAAUUUUUGUGCUUUUUUUUUUUUUUUUUUUUUUUUAAAUCUACCAGACGCAUUUUUUUUUCUUUCAGGCAGAGGCCCUACAUUUUUAUCCAUAUCACAAAGCCAAAAUCACGCCAUUGUUCAGUGUUGCGUUGAGAAAUGGCUUUAAUUUUUAGUGUUGCACAAACAGUACAGAUGGGACAACUCAUGACAAGGGACUCAAGUUUGAGCGGCAAUGACUGAACUUGGAAACCCUGAACUGGACUGGACUUUGACAGAGGGCUUUACUUGCUUAACUGGCUUAUGCCUAAGUUAAAACAACUGAACUGUAACCCUGCCCACACGGUCAAUUGUACCAUUUUGAUACUGCAGCGUGACACAGAAAACUGGUAAAGUCUCAUAGUAGUUGUUGCCACACAGUGCCCAUCAGACAGUACUCCUAGUGUUGUAUUCUCCAGUGACAGAGAAUGACAGAAUCGUCUGAAAUAGUGUUUAGUCUUGGUGAACAAUGUUCCCGAUAGGGACACUCCUUCAUCCAAUAAGUGACAUUUACCCAAAAUGUUUUUCUCAAUAAUCUGCAUUUCCAAUACAACUCAUAAUAUAAAUUUCAACCAGAACAAAUUAAAAUCAGGUACAUACUCUUAGAAAAAUGCUUUCAAUGUUAAGUCGACUCUACAGUGUUUUAAAGCACUGUUCACAAACCCUUAAAUGGACUGGAUGCAGAACUUGGUCUCUGUGUUGUUCAGAAUUAUGAGACUUGGGCCUUGGACUCUUGAGUGACACUGUAGGAGCUGGAGACUUGGACAAAGGCUAAUGAUAUUAACUCUUUAACAUUACAACAAACAAAUGGAAAACCACAAGCUGCCACAGCAGAGCCCUGAUGUCUACAUCAAAUCAAAGGACCUGUUUCUCACUGCUCUGCUCUUGAGCAAAGACAUGUGGUAGGUGAAGUCAAAGCAUACAGUAAGUGGAAGAUUCUUGUGUAUUUUAAUUUAAUAUUAAAGGCAUACUAUGGAGGCUUUGUAGUGAACACUUUUCUGAAAAGGUCAAAAUGAGGGUGGACCUUGUGGCAAAAUGUUCCAUUUUCUUGGAGCCAGAUCACCAUUUCCAUUUUUACCAAAGAUUUGCACUUGCACUUUUUUCUGUUGUCUUUUAUUACUAAAGGGGCACAUUUUAGAAACAUUUCACAUUUAAUAUUAAAACUGUUUUUUAUCUGUCACGUUUCUUAUCUUAAAUAAUCUGUUAGUUGAUGUGAAUGAAGUCCUUGAAUGUUUGAUCAUAAUGCCAUGUAACCAACUGAUUUUUUUCACAUAAUCGCGGUAAUAUUGAAUGAUGCUGACAUUCUGAGGUUACCUGCUGUAUUCACGGUUUAACUUGUACAACAGUGAAAUUGCUUUUGUCCCAAUGAGCCCCAAAGAGGCCUGCCAUGUGGAACAGUAGCAGCUUUGCUACUGAGGCUCAUUUAAAUGCACAUGGGCCCUCACGACACCAGUGCAGCCAGGGUAAAAAUCUAUACUACUAAAACUAUAUGAACAGCAUUAUUCCAGUAAAGCCUUGACUUAUAUCAGUCAUUACUGCAUUUAUUUGCUCCAUGGGCCAAUUACUGUGAGUACAUCUUAUUAUAGUCCCAUCUCAAAGGAAGAGGCACAAUCUGCAGUCAGUGUCAGGGGAAUCGUGUCAGUUUUGGUAUUGCCACUUUUUGUAUAGGCACGACUGAAGCUCUGAACCACAGCCCUGUGGCAUAGAAGUUCAUUACAAUUACUAUGAAUGGCUUCUCAUUUACUUUAGCAGUAUUCAAAUCUGCCCCAUAGUAUGCCUUUAAGUGUCAAUUCCAUGUUUAAAUCCUUAAUCUUACAUAGGUUUUGUUUACUGCUCUAAUAUCUGGAUCUGUCUCCUGUGUUGCAUGGUGAAUUGUUGGGCUCAUUGUCUCAUAAAUUGCAGCAUUUUUACUGUAGAUGGUUUUGAACAAUUGAGAUGGAAGAACAGGUGCUCAUCAAGGUCCUUAAAGGGCAGAUACUUAAUGGGAGAAAAAUGCAAGAAGUCUGAGACACUCUGACUUUGCCCAGAUGAAGACUUUGUGAUGACACACGUUGGCAUAAAUAAAGGAAACUACAAAGACCGAGUGCCUCGGACUUUUUGCAUUUGUUUAAUAUGUUGGUUGUUUUGCAUAUUUGUUCAACUUUUUUAACAGGUGUGAUCUGCUUUCAAAUCCAUUCAUGUUUAAAAACAAUACAUGAUUCAAUUUGGAAAAUGUUUAAGUGAUUAAAUGCCCAUUUCCAGCAUUAUUGUGCAGGUGGGCCAGCUUUCUUGCUCAGUUUUGGCAUUAGAAACCAGCCCUGGGAUUACUAUGUGCUCAUCAAAGAGGAAGAAAUGAGUUUAGUACAGCAAAUUUGAGAACAAAGAGCAGAUGACAAUGCAGUUUUUAAGAUUCUCCUUUGUUGACAAGUAACCAUAAUCAAAACAGAUUAGUAGUCCAUUUUGACAGCCAAUGUCUUUCUGUAGGAACUUAACUGCUGGUCCAGGGCCCAGAAUCAGCCCUGUGUUUCCAAGAAGAUUAGCCACCAGCCCAUCCCUUAAAGGAUAAUGUUUAGUAAAUAGUACAUGUUCUUUGUUACUCACUUGCAACAAUAACAGACAAGGUAGGCCCACCUGAAGUGGCAAAGAGGUUAGCACGCUCUCUGCACAGUAAGCAGGUUUAAAAAUUUCUCCCUCCUUGCACUACAUGUAAAAUCCUUCAGAUAAGGUAAUCCUGACCAAGCACAGCUAAAGAUCUGAAGAUGGGUGCCCGGGUGGUGUACUCGGGAGUAAGAUGUCAAGAGAAUACAGCAGUCACAUUGAAGGAUGAGUCAAAUGCAGAGGACAAAUUGUCCUAAGAGGAAACUGUAUGCCUUAAACAAAAUGCAAAUAGUCCAUUUAUUGUUGUCAUUAAUAAAAUAAAAUAUUGGCCCAUUACUUUAUUAAAUGAUCAACAUUUCUGGUCUUCAGUAGAACAUCAAACACACUUGAUGUGUCUUGAACAUCUAGAAUGUAGUCUAUAUUUUUCAGUUGUAAAGUUUUAUAAACAAAAAUCAAUCAAGUCAAAAGUAUCAGGAUUUGGGUGUUGCUGAAAAAAGGCACUAAAGAUGUGCAGCUUGGACAUAAAACAAAGCUUGGAAUUCUUAGUUUGUGACCACUGUAGUAAGUAUUUUACUUUAGUACGACUAAAGUGAAGUGUUGGAGUACUAAACAUCUGUAGUAAUGUUUGUGUGUCGGUUGUGUGUACUUUUGUUUUUCUUUAACAGGUUUGAACAUCUUAAAACGUGAAGGAGGAACUCUAUAUCAACAUAAUCUGUCAGUGGUAAACUUUUAGUCACUCAUCUUAUUCAUAGAAUCUUUGACUAGGCUUUACAUUUUACUGUACUGGACAUCGGUCCAUUUCGCACUAGCCAAGACCAGUGUGCCAUAACAAUUUAGGAACCGUUUGUAACAACUUCAUACAUUUUGAUUAGAAUAAUGUACAAAUAACACAUUUUGCUAUGCAUUAACAGUUUUAAAUUGCACAUUUGAAGGAAAGUUGUGACUUGUUAUGGGUGCAGUAAGUUUCUCUGUCCACUAACCAGUUGUCAAAGUGGACUGUCCCUCUAUAUGAUUUAAAGAGCCCUAUAGUUAUGCAUUAGAAUAGCAUUUGAACAUGGGGUAUUAUGUAAAAUCAACUUUUUCUAAUUUGCUACCAUGUUAUAAUGUUGUUCUUUCAUCAAAAACAUGCCUGAAGUGGUUUUAAGAGUAUUUUACCAAUCUCUCCCGGGCACUAUUUGAACCCUCCAAGACUCCGCCCACAUGCAUAUAUGCCACCCAUGCUCCCUCACAGCUAUAGGCUCUAAUCACACUAUGUCACAAACCAGGAAGAUGUUUGGGAAGAUGAGAUUACAACUUCCUGUGUAGUUACCGACAAUGUCCUCACCUAACAUGGAUCUAUUAAACUGACUGUGAUAAAACCCAUUGAAGUAAACGUCAUCAGUGGUAGAAUGAAGACUGCAUACGUGUGUGCUGUUUGGAAUAAUCUUGAAUUUGGGACCUCAUCUCUUCUAAUCACAUGUACCCAAUGUGCUCGGAGUUGUGUGUCAGUGGCAAAAUGAUGACAAAUUAGGUAUGGUUGUAAUUGAUUAUCUGAACAUAACAGAAUGCUACAAUGACAUGUAGAUGAAGAAAACGGGGCCUGGGAAGUUGUAACCGUAUCUUUCCAAAUGUCUUCCUGGUUUGUGACGUAAGCAUGAAUAGAGCGUAUUUUCCAUAGAUAUUCAAAAGCAAAUGAUACAAUGGCGCAAAGUUAACAUGAUGGACUAAAUAUGUUAUGCGUUAAGUUAAUACCCCUCAUUAAAGACCCAGUUAAAUAGCUGAGUGUGCUUCUUGCCCUUUAGUUUUUCACUACUUUAGGCUUUGGAUCAGUAUCACUACUGAGCCAAUGCUUGUCAUAGUCUUAGGGUUUCUGUGUAACAGCAUUUUUAAGUGAUCAGAAAACUUAUUGUCAUUAUUAUAUGGCGCUGACAACAGCCACACAUGUGACCACUUGUGUUACUGGCUGUUUUACUUCAUGAGGCUCUCAUUUUAACUUAGUCUGUUCUGAUAGAAACUUCAAUGAACUGUACCUGUAAUUGUAAGUGUGAAAUUAGGUGAAUCUUUAGCCAUGCACUUCAGUUGGAUGAUUGUGACAUGUAACUGGUGUCACUGCAGUUAUCGCCUCUUGGCACCUUUUGACUGUCAUAAACCUUAAGAUAUAUCUACAUAUUUAAGUAGUUCCCUAAAGCAUUCCUGCCUCUUUCCUUCUGUUUGUAAAUGGAGCCAUAGACACUCUGACUACCCCAGUCCUGAGCACUUAAAUGAGCGCGUGGUGUGUUGUGUGCUGUGCGACUGUGCUGUAACUGCCCCAGUCUGCAUUAGGGGCAGUAGAAGUCACAGUAAAGCCUGGACAUGUUUGCCCCAGAGGUAUUUCACUGAGCUGCUGCCUGAGGUAAGUCUACACUCAACACAUGAUGGAAAAAAAGUACUUUUUAAAUCCAAGGCGUCUGGCAUCACACUUCAGAAGAAUGGUAUCACGGUGCAGAUGUGUUGAUGUGCCCUCUAGUGGUGGACUGUGUGUGGUGGUUUUCUGUGUGCUGAACAUAAGCAGUGGCAAUCUUUUCAAUCAGUGCAGAAAUGCAUCAUGUGUUAAACUUUGCCCAACUGCGUUUGCAAUAAACAUGUGUUGUCUGUGACUUUUAGUGGUGUAACUGUGUUCACUGAAUACUGUUUGAAUGAAGAAGAUGCAGACAGUGGUCUGUGGUGUUGUACUUUAAAUAUUUGACUGUCUAGUACUUAUUUUGACAAUGUCUUAAAUUUUAUGAUGUAGAAUUCUGUAACUUUUUCACCACAGCCGGUGCUUUAAUAUAAUAAUGGUCUCUCAGUAACUGCCUGAGCCUUCAUCUUAUACAUGUGUUCUAAUGUUUUUCAAAGUAUUACAUGGUUUGGUGGGAUAGUAUCUGUGGGGAAAUAUUAGUAUGACAUCAGCCAAGUGGCAUUUUGUGGGAGAAAGGUUGUAAAAAAAAUAAUAAUAAUAAUGGGAAGUAGUGGUGAGUUCUAAAACUGUCAACAUAGAAAAUUUCAUCUAAAAUAUAGGUACUGUACAUUUACACACAGGUAUUUUUGGGAGUUUAAACCUUCAUUGGCUGAAUCAUUGUAGAGUUUUGGAGCACACAUUUACUUUUAAAUGAUUUAGAUUUUUACCCCUCCCCAUCAGUCGUUUAGUUUUGACCAAAGUAAACUGCCUUUGUAUUGUAUGUUCGCUAAAGUUGAGUUUACAGACCAAUCUGAUGCCCAGUGCUCCAUUUAGCGUCUCUAAAGCUGAACUCAGUUUGAGCCCAUUUCUCCAAAAUGUCCUCAGUAGGUCUGUGAACCUCAGCUCUGCUGCUGCUAGUCCUGCAAAAUAAAAUACUGUUGUAUUUCACAUUAAUGCUUCUCAACUGGUGUGGUGCUGAUUCAGUCAUGUUUUAUUAUACCACAAAAUACUUUAUCCUUAGACUGAACUUUAAACAUCUUUUGUGAUGUUUCUGAAUGUUUGAGACCCAACUCAUCAUAUGAGAAUCUCACUGCUGAAGAUGAACCUGUAAAUACAAGUACAUGACAUUAUAGGUGGUGUUGGGAAGUAACUGAUUACAUGUCUCCAGAAUACAUAUUCUGAAUGUGAAUUUUGAAUAACUGUACCGCAGUAGUUACUUUUUCAGAAUAGUUGCAUUUCGAAAAAUUGAAGGAAUACAUGGCAAUACUUGAUCAUGAAAUUUAGGCUUCAAAGUGCACAUCAGUGAGAUAAAUGAAAAACUUUGAUCUUACAGUGGGUGCAUGUGAUUUGUCCUCCAGAUAGUGAGAGGAAAUACAUAAAUGGUGAAACAAAGAUGAAGCAAUUUUUGCUCCUAUGUUGCAUCUUUACACUAUAAUAUAAUGCAAGUCUACAUGAAAUUAUUAAGCACUUUGACCAAAGUAUCAGAAUACGUUACAAAAUACAAUUUUAUUUGGGAACUCAGUUGUCUUCCGAUCACUGAUUAUGGACUAUAUUAAACUUAAUGCUCAGUACUGCCAUUUUUUUUCCCCCAAACAUUUGAGAUCACUUCAUACUUGUGUCAAAGGGUAAUAGUCAAACAAACAUGGCUUCAUCACUUUGUUGAUUAUGAGAGCUGAUCAUGACAAUGAAACGGCUCUGAACACUGUAUAUCACUCAAAGAUGGCGCUCUGCUUUAAGCCAGUUUUACUUUUGGGUGUGACUCUUUAUAGUUGCACUGUCACUUUUCUGACUUGUCAAUCACUCAUGGGGUGUGGUUUGAGCUUAUUCCACUGUUGGUGGCUUUUGUUGCCUCAAAGUGUUAAUAUAUGUCUAUGGAUGAACUGAAAGAAAAACUGUCAAAUAAUUGUCUGCACUGUGAUCCAUUCAGUCCUCCAUCUGAGUGUGGUGCCAGAAUGACCCCUGAAUAUUGCUCCUGUGGUUUUAUGGUAUUUUAACUGUGGAUAGAGGCCUGGUGUCUGCAGGUGUAGAGUUGUGCUUUUGUGAUGUAAAGCUGCAACAGAAUGAAUGGGAUACAUAAACAUGAAUACAAAAUUAAACGUUCUUCAAACCCUCAUUUAGUACUACAUGUUAGUCUGCAUUAUCACUUUCUACACAUCGAAAUUACACAAACAUCACACCAGACAUGUGCAUUGUUGAAGACUAAAAUCUGCUCCACUGCACCGUCCUCAUUGUGUGUGUCUUGUUUUAGGAUUCUCGAUUGAUUGAAGGAGGCUGACCACCCAUCGGAUGUUUACUUUGAGGCUGCUAAAAAGUAAACUGAAGACUGGAGACGUGGACGCUGACCAGUGGCUACUCACACUGGGGACGUGAGGACACCUAUAAAAUCAGAAGGUGCAGUAUCUUGAGAUGACCAGUAGAGGGCAACCAGCAGGCAAGGAAGAUGAAAACGUCUUGGAGAAAAAGUGAAGCUUGAAUAAACUACAGUUGAAUCAAUUUUGCGCAUUUUGUCCCCUUAUAAACUCGAUGAAUAUCAUACUUGCUUGAAUUAUGUCCAAUUUAAUAGAGAAAGGUAAUAUGGAUGGAUUGACUUUUUAAUGCAAGCUUUACUAUUUGAGGAUGUCAGUAUUAUUUGGCAAAUCGAUCAUCAUGAUUACAUAUAAGUACUAAAAAUGAAAUUGCAUUACAAUACAUGAUCUGCCUCUUCCUCAGGUAGAACAUUCCAUUUGUACAAAAAUGAAAGUCCUUUAUUCUUAAUCGAUGUACCUAGGAUGCUUUAUUCAAGCCAUGUGUGGCAUACAUUGUUCUAUAACCGUAAGAAGCUGAUCCUGUAUUUUAAUGUUAUUUGAUUGUCUUGGAAAAGCACCUGAUUUUACACUUAAAGGAGCCAUUGACACACUCACCCUAGUUACUAAGAAGCAAAAAAGAAUUUCGGUUCAAGAAAAGUUUACUUUUUUGGAGUUUUGAGUUUUAUCUUGUCUUAUUGUCAUUAUGAAAUCAGUUUUUAUGAGUGAUAAAGUUAAACCUGAAUUAAGGA